GGUUAAACGCGGUCGGACCUGAUGUUCGGAGCUCCGUCGUGGUUCUUUGUCUCGCUCCUCUUUGUUCUGGUAUUAAUCAGCUUCCAUCUUUUCUCUGUGUGAUCUGGAAGUUGAACGUCCGUCUGGAUCGCAGGUUUUUCUGUGUGCUGGUUCGGUUCGCUGCUCCGUGUUGUGGCAGCUCGGCCCGGUGGGGGACGCAGGAUCCUCCCUCCCCCUCCGAGGACAAAGACUAAAAUGGGUCAGCGCAUCCUCCGUCAUGUAGCGUGCAUCCUCCCGGAGACACGCACCAGGAGCUUCUGCCGGUUCGGUGCUGGACCAGUUCGAGCCCAGGCCUCGUUUCCUCCUCGUUUUAGCUCCGGCAGACGUUUAACAGCGUUUUAGCUUCACAGGCGCGUUUUCGUCGCGAUGCCUUCGGUCGCUUCUUCGCUUACUGGGACUGAACUGGUCUGACUGAACCCGACGCUGGUCUCGUUCGCCGGUCCGGCACCGACCCAUCACCCGGCUGGUCGGCGAUGGACGCCGCGUCCUCGGGGAAGUGAAGGUCCAGUUGUGAACCCGGAUUCCAACCGAACGAACCUGACGCCUGGUGUCCCGGUCUGACCUGAAUUAUCCGGUAACAGCGACAUUGCUGCGAUACGGCAGGUGGGACGUGCACGAACUGAGGCGAACAGUUGGGCGAAGGCGACAUUUAGCUUCGCGACUUGAAGCACUUCAUUAUUGCAGCUGUUUAUUACAGAUGUUCUGUUCUUUAAUGUUAUCUUCGGGCCUUCGCCUCCCCGUGUUGUCGGAACGAGCGCGAAGGUUCUAGCUUAUUUGCUAGCUAGCGACGUUUGUUCGUUAGAAUCCGUCAAAAUCUGCUUCGACCAUGUUGUAGUUUCCUUUUCUGACUUAUUGUAGCUUCGCUCUUCAAACACUUUGACCUGCACUUUCCUCAGUUCAAGUCAUUCAUUGUAGCGCCUCGACCUGUGCCUGUUUAUUGGUUGUACGAAUAAAGUUCGCACUUCGCCCUGCGGAGACGUAAACAUUAAAUCGACCGUAUUCACACCAGUGGUUCGCAAGUGAAGUUCCAAGUGUUUGUUCGUUUAGACGAACACGUCUGCUGGUGAUUCACUCAUGGAAUGUUUAAUUCUACAUACGCGUGUUCGCCUGAGGUUCGCGCACGAAGUUUUUCAAGAUAGAUAGAUGAUUGUACCAUUAUUGUGUUUGGUGACGUUGUCCUUCGAGUGCUGCGGAGGUUCUGCUUUAUGACGCCUGAUAACGUCUCUUGUCUCCAUGACCAAGGUCCAGAGCACAUAUCUCUGGAUGAGGACGUGUCCCACGCAGACGGGCUAAAGUCCUGACCCGUGGACCGCGGACCCACAGACCUGCUGAGCAGCCCAUGGAGGAGCUCCACUGUGGCGUCUUCGUGUGGAUCUCUCCUCCUCUGGACACCGAUUUCUGACCGGGCCGUGGAUCUGCUGCAGCCAUGUCUCCUGAUUCCAGUCGACCCGCGUGGACGCUCUGGGUCCUCAGCUCUGCUGUGAUGGUUCUGACGGCAUCCCGUUCCGUGUUCGCUGUGGAAGCGGACACGUGCUUCUCCAGGCAGCACCAGAACGCUAUAAUCAAUGUGAGACAGGCUCUGAACAGACCGGCCACAGUCAUGGACGCGCGCGUGGUCCGGUCCGAGCGGGACUGUGUUCUGGCCUGCUGCUCGGAGGAAGUCAAACCAGGUGCAAAAUGCAACAAGGUUGUGUUUAACGGCGUCAAACGCGCCGGAGACGACAACUGCUUCCUGUUCCACUGCCAGACGGAACCGGACUGUCCCCUGAGCAAGGCCCAGGACGGAGUCAACACGUAUGACAUCUACAAAGGGUUAAUUCAUCCAACCACAGUGAGACCUGUCACCACAGAAGCAUCAACGCCACCCACCUCCUCCUCCACCACUACAACCCCCACCGCCCCCGGCAGCACCACACCACCUCCCACCACCUCCACCAGCACCACGACACCAGCGGCUCCCAGUUCAACCAUCACUGUGACCAAGAAGCCAAACAAAACCACCAGAAAACAGAAUAAGCCUGAAAAACCCAAGAAACCCAAAGCUUAUCCUGCUGGUACCAGUACCAACACCAGCACGUCACUUCUUGUGGGCAAAGAGACUGAACAUAGAAUGACAGACAGAACACAGCCAACCAGCCAAACUACUACAACUACUGCUACAGCUACUAUAUCUACUAUUACAACUACUACAGCUUUUCAUCGUCCUACUUCUACUACUGCUACUAUUCCCAGUACUACUACUACUCCAGGUACUACUACUACUCCAGGUACUACUACUACAAGUACUACUACUAUUCCCACCACUACUACUACUACUACUACUACAACUACUCCCAUUACUUCUCCUACUCCCACUACUUCUCCUACUCCCACUACUACUACUACUACUACUACUACUACUACUACUCCAACUACUACUCUUCCUACUCCUACCACUUCUCCCACGACCACUACUUCUACUACAACGACUACUACCACUACUACUACUACAACUACUACAACUCCUCCCACCACCACUGCACCAUCCACCACUACGACAACUCCAGCAGCCACUUUGAUCAUCGUCCCCAAAGGCGCCUUGAGGUCCAACCACACUCUCCAGACGGUGAGCCCGGGUCAGGGGCGGUCCGGUGGGGCACCGGGGGCGGUGAAGAGCGGGGUGGUGGCCUUCAUGGUGCUGGGACUCGCUGUGCUCACGCUGGCACUGGCUGUCGGCGGCCGUAAGGCCAUGGAGUCCUUUGACAGGCGGCACUACACCAGAUUGGAGCUCAACGACCUGCACUAUGAGGUGUGAGGGGGCGGAGCUUGGAGCGUGAGGGGGCGGAGCCUUCAGCCCUUCACAUUGAACUACUUGUCUUCAUUCAUAUACAACCCAGUAAGGACUGUCUGCAUCGUCAGGUGGUUAAGAGAUGUGCUGAGUGUGGCUCCACCCCCUGAUCACUUGGACCUGGUGUGUGGGCUGGUUCACGCUGGUGACUGUGUUCAGGACCAGCUGAUCCCUGUUAGAGAGAACACAAACCGGGUUCCUUCAUAAUGUGAAUAUUAGAGCCAUGAUUUUUCUAGUUGUUAUGCCUCUUUUUUAAGUGACACACAGAAACGUGAUGUCAGAUCAAAUGCGUUACCAUUGUUUACAAUGAAGCAGCAUUCAUUCCAAUCAUUCAGUCCCACAUCAAGGCAAACGUGUGAUUCUGUACAUUUUACUCUUUAAAAUAUUUUGGCGCUUUUUGAAUUUUAGUGCUUUCGCUAUGUAAACGAUGGGAUCACUUGUCUCACCAGAGUAAAUGAGGACUCAUACUGUACAUUACACCAUUACAGCAGUGGAACCGCUGCUGCAUCAGGCCAAAGUCAUAGCAAUCAGUAAACUCCGCAUCUUCCCCUAAUGCACCGUGGGACGUUCAUGGGAAAGUAAAUGCGCUGUAAAUCUGAGCUCAUGUUGUCCUCGUCCCAUCAACCGAACUAACAGCAAUAUUCCCUGAAACUCAGGAAGCCUCAAGGAGGAGCUGAGUGUCCACCAACACCUGCAUGUCUCUGCUUCACUCUCACUCUCUGCUUUUUUGUACUUUGUUUUCACGUGAAUGAAAAUCGAUGGAUGCAAUUUCUAGCAACUGAUGCACUAGUGUAUCCUGUGGUUUUGAUAAUCUGCUUCUUUUUAAAUAUCAGUGGUUCUCACAGGUAGGAGGACACUGAUGGCCACUAUUUUCCUAUAACGACUGGAUUUGUAGUGGACGUAGUGAAGCGGGCCGAUCCGAGCCGAGCAGCCCCCAGAUGGCAGCAGCGGCCCGAUCAGGCUCCUGCUUUGCUUUUAUAGUGAUGACGAGUGAUGUCUUGUUUUGUGAAGUGAAGCUUUUGCAUAAGUUUGGAUGUUUUGUUCUUACAAGGAUUAAAAACGUGAUUUUUGAAA